GUUUCCCUCAGAUCAAUGAUGCUUAUGUUUGUUUUAUUCUUAACAUUUAACGUAUUUAAGUUGACAGAGAACAGCUUUUGCUCAGGAGUUGGUGGAAAAGUGUGUUGUGAUGGUUUUGCGCUAAAUCACUCAACAGGACUGUGCCAAAAGUGUCCAGUUGGAUAUUAUCGCCUCAAUUGCUCCGAAAAAUGCAUCUACCCAACGUACGGAAUGGAAUGUCAGUCCCAAUGCAAAUGUUCCCAGGAAAAGUGCAACUUUGUAACUGGUUGCUUGAAGGGAGAGGAAGAAGCUACAAACAAUCACAUACGAUCAACAAAGGGAGUGACAGUCAAACCAUCGACUCAAUCUUCGACCGUUAGGUUAUUGAACAUUUCUGUUAAAUACCAAACUGUUGAGUACGCUUUUUCUCGUGAUAUAAACAAAUACAGCGUAACGACAUUGUCUAUUGUGCCUACGGGCAUUGAUUUGCUAACAGACAAUUUAGUAGUGCGUAUUAUAAUCAGCUUAAUUGGAGUGUUUGUCUUUUGCUUUGCCAUAUUUGUUUUUACGUAUAUGUAUUUCAAAUGCUUCCGGAAGACAAACAAUGCUAGUGGCGGAGUAAAAGAGAACGAGUGGCAAGCUCAGUACAAAUCGUUGAGUUUUGAUGCAAUUGAACCCCAGCUGAUUCCAUUAAAUCCCUGUCAACAGGGGCGAGUAAAUACAGAUUUCACAUACCUUACUCCAGUGUUUAGUGGCAAUGAGAGUCGAGAAUCACAUCGCACUGUUGAAAACGAAAUAAGAAAUGAAAAUGAUAUAUUACCUAAGAUCAAUCUACAAGAACAGAGAGUUUGCAACCAAGAAAGUACUAGCAGACAGGAUGAACAAAACAGUACUCAUGAUGAUGUUCAAGAACAUGUGUAUAUUGAGAUUACAGAAGAAAAAACCGAAAGUUCGAAUUUAGUUGCAGAUCAUGAAAACCAAAGACAUAUUAAUAUUGUUCAAAGCACUUCCAUUAGCAGAGAGUCUGCGUACACUAAUGUUAACAAGGAAGAGCCCUAACGAAUAUGAUAUAGAAAAAAUUUGAUGUAUAUAGCAGUGUGUACUUAAAAAAUCUUCAAAAUUAUACAAAAUCAUACUAUUUUAUGUCUUAUUGAUGCAUCUGUCAUUCGUCUC